CAAUCAAUUCCCACACCUCACUCUCUCUCUCUCCACAACCACUAAUCCCCUUAAUUGACCCUCCAAAAUGCAAAUUCUCAUCACCGGAGCAGCCGGCUUCAUCGGCCAACUCCUCGCAAAAGAGCUCCUCAACGAUCCAUCAUACACCGUCACACUAACCGAUAUCAACGAGCCCCCUAUCCCCACAGGCGUCGCAUACCCUCAAAAUGCACGUUCAGUGACAGCAGACCUCCUGAAAGGCGCAGACGCAGUCGUGGACAAAUCCCUCGACGCCGUCUACGCCUUCCAUGGAAUCAUGUCAUCCGGCUCAGAAGCCAAUUUCGAUCUAGGCAUGAGCGUCAACGUAGACGCCACACGGAACCUGCUUGAGGCUCUCCGCAGAACCUGUCCCGGCGUACGGGUGAUUUAUUCCUCAAGUCAGGCUGUCUACGGCCAGCCACUCCCCGAAAUAGUGAACGACAGUGUCAUCCCGACGCCGCAGUCAUCCUACGGCGCUGAGAAGAUCAUCUGUGAAACUCUCAUCAAUGAGUACACCCGUCGUGGCUUCAUCACGGGCUUUACUCUUCGAUUUCCCACUAUUUCUGUCCGGCCUGGUCUUCCAACGGCCGCUGCUUCGUCUUUUCUCUCUGGGAUGAUCCGCGAGCCGCUCGACGGCAAGGAGUGCGUCAUUCCGCUGGAGGAUAGGUCGUUCAAGUCUUGGUUGUGCUCGCCCAAGACUCUGGUUCAUAAUCUUGUUCAUACGUUAUCGUUGUCCAAGGAUGCGUUGCCUCCUCAUAUUCGACAGAUUAAUGUUCCUGGUAUUUGUGUCACUAUUCAGGAUAUGAUGGAUGCUUUGGAGAAGGUUGCAGGGAAGGAUAAGCUCGAUCUGUUAACGGAGAAGGACGAUCCGACCCUCAGGCCGAUCUUGGAGUCUUGGCCUACUCGCUUCGAUAACUCUCAGGCUAUUUCUUUGGGUUUCAAGCGAGAUUCUUCGUUUGAGCAAGCAGUAAGAGAUUACCAGUUGGAGAUAGGACAGCAAUGAACACUAGUGCUCCACAUUCUGUACUUUGC